CCCCCAUCGUCCCAACACCUUGGGGAUAACGCAGCGCGCUCGGACGGACGGCCGGGCAGCAGCGGCGCUGGAACGAGCCGCACGCCUCGGCGCGGGAACGCCGCGGAGCAUCCGUCUGGAAGACGCGCGUCGCGACGCGCGACGUCGUGACGCUCGGGGCAGCCCUAAGCCGCCAUGGCCGACGCCCCUCCGGAGCUCACGGAGGCCCAGCAGGCCAAGCUCGCCGCCAAGCAAUUUAAACAAGAUUCCCGCAAGCUCGCCAAGGCCCUCAAGGGCAAGAAGCCCGAGCCAAAAAUUGAGGCGAUCGACCGCUGCCGCGAGGACGCCGCGUUUUUGGCAAAGGGUGAGUGUUUAGUUCCAUUAUUACAGCAGUGCGUCUUCAAGAAGACGAAGAAGGGCGACAAUGCCGAUGUGGUCCAGGCGGCGCUGUCCUGCGCGCGGGCCUUCCUCGAGGCCGCGCCUGAGUCGCAGCCUGACGAAGAGGAGGGCGCCGCGACGCCGGAACCGCCGCGCGCAACCUUGCUCUUCGAGGCCGCCGAGAAGAAGAAGAACAAGCUGUCGGGAGGGAAGUUGUUUGCUGAUCUACUGGCGCACGAGAACGGAGGCAUCGUGGUGGACGCCGCAGCAUGCUUAAGGACAGUCCUCAAAGCAAGUGUUGCGGGCGAGGAGCACCCAUACCUAGAACUCGCGGCGUCGGGCGACCCCGUGGGGGCCCUCGUGCACAUGAUCCUGCAAGGCACGCCUUCAGAAAUAUGGCCCGAGGAAGAUAAUGGUGUAGAGGCGGCGCUCGAGGCCCUCGCGCUACUCAUCGAGUUCGUGCCCGACGCCUCGGACCGGCUGGUCGCGUCGGGUGGCGGCGCCGCGUUAACAACCGUCGCAUGCAACGAGAUUGUGCCCGAGGAAUUAGCCGAGAGCGCUCUACGGUUGCUGGACGCGGCAACUUCAGCAAGUGGAGGCGCCUCUACAUUAUUAGAGGCGCCGGGCGCCUCCGUCCAAAUCCUCUCAUCAUCAACAAGUGGCGCCGCGUCGCGAUUAAGUAUAGUGGAGCGGCUCCUCGAGGCGCAAGCUUUACGUAGCGACGACGACGAGGAAAUUAUAGAAACGGACGAGGCGGCCGCGCCGGCACCGGCCUACGCGUUCGACGGGCCGGGCGUCGCGACGGUCCUGGCGACGGCUUUUGAGUCAGCGGAAAGCGACGCCGUCGCCGUCGCCGCGCGCUGCCUCGGGCGGGCGGUCGUCGCCUUUGGUGAAGACGCGAGGACGCCGCUCCUGCAGACGUCGUGCGGUCGCCUGCUCACGGCACUUACAAGUGCACCAGCGGGCUCCGAACCACGCCGCUGCUGCGAGAAGGCCCUCCACCUUUUGGUAAGGAGCGGCCCCUUUUCUCUGGCAACGAGUGAUAUAGAUGCGGCCCAGUUGGCCCAGGCUCUAUCAGGUGACGCCGACGCUAAGACACGGACCAUAAACCUCGUCGCCGAGGUCAUCAAAACAUCCGCGGACGACGUCCCCGCCGUCACCGACGCGUGCCUCGCUUCAUUAGUCGGCACCGUCCAGACGUGGGCCGACUCAAAGGACGAGGACCCGCAACUGUCGCCGCGCGGCGUCGAGGAGCCCGACGCCCCAAUUGCCAAAGGCGUCGUUCUGAAAGAGGCCGACGCGGCCCAGGCAUCGUUAACUUUACUAAGAGCGCUCGGAUCAAGUUCUCCGGAUAUUCUCAGUAGAAUCGCCGGCGACGCGCGAGAAGCUUUGGAUGCGGCGCUGAGCCGAGGGCCGCGGACGGUGGAUGAAUUCAAGCGGUUUGAUGAGGCGCCCGUCGACGAUACGGCGGCGCCGGCGCCGGCCGCGGAAGCUCCGGUGGAGGAUGGAGUGAAGGAGGCCGUCGUCCUCGUGCGGGACCCGCUGCAAACGGCCUGGGACGACGCCGCGUAUGCUGGCAAUGAUAUUGCCGUGCGUUCUACAGUCAUGGCCCUGCUCGCGCAGAUCGCGCGGAGCUGCGCGCCGGCGCCGGUCGAAGAAAAUGACGACGAGGAGGCGGCCCCCGAACAACCGGGCGAGGUGUCUUCAUUGACGGCCUGCGCCAUGCUCCUCGACAUAUUAUGUGUCGACCUCGUCCAGAAGGACGGCGCGCCCUACUGGGGCGCGGCCGCGGCAGACGAAGACGAAUUAGUGCGCGAGGACGUCCGCGCGGAGGCGUUGGAUCUCUUGGCGGCCGUCGGCGCGGAUGAAAACGGCCGGAAGUUGUUGCUGGAAGCGUCGCGGAGCUGGGUGCCCUCUGGUAUGACUCAGAUUGAGGAAGAAGAGGCCCCCGCCGCCGAAGACGAGGAAGUCAUAGAAGAACAGUUCGCACCCCCGGAAAACUUAGCAGACCAACGGUGGUGGCCCUACGUCCACGUGCUCGCCGCACCAGUCUGCGUCGCUGCUGAUCCUACAGCGACAGCCGCACAACACACCGCUUCGGUGGAAUUAAUCCGAGCGUUAUGCUCCGACGAUGCAAGACCGAAGGACGACCAAUCUUUGGUGUGUGACCGCUUCGCGGCGACGGCCUGCGCCAUGGGCGUCUUGGUACCGCUCUGCGCGCUCGCGUCCGAACAAACGGCGAUCUGCGUGGCUCGGUUCUGCGUCGCUGACGAGGAUUUUGAUCCAAGUGCGGACUUUGCCGCGACGGCGCGAGCGGCGUCGAAGGCCGUGGCGGACUUGGCUGGAAGGGCCUAUGAGCGGGAGAAAAGAAUAGCGACGUAUGCGGCGGACGCCUACGAAGCCCAAUUCGCUGUUUCCAUGGUCGAGGGAGCGGAGGCCUUCGAGGCCCAGCUUCUAGCCUUCGAGGAGGAGCAGGCCGAAGCUCGCGCCGCGUACGAAGCUCGGGUUGAGGAGGCGCGGGCCGCGGCCGAAGCGGCGGCGGCUGACGAGGACUGCAUGGAGGCCGAGGCGCCGAUCCCGGCCGUCGAGCCGUUGGCGUGUGCGCCGGCGCCGGCGUUUGAUGACCGAGCGGCGCGUCGCGCAGCCACGGAGGCCGCGGAAGCAGCGAGGAAUAGAGUCGUCGACGCGCGAGGCGGUCCUACCAACAAGCAAUGGGCUACCUAUUGUCUGGAUGCGCGGGCGCCGGAUCUGAGGCGAAGGAUCCAGGACUCGACCGCAUUACUGGCGGCCUGUGCGGGCUCUGGCGAGGCGCGAACUUGUUCUGCAUUGCUCGCGAGAUGUGGCGGCGACGCCUCCGUCCCGGACAACACGGGAAGGACGCCGUCCAUGGCGGCUCUGCUGCGAGGUUCCACAGAAACGAUACAUUCCUUGCUCGAGGCGGGCUGCGACGCCGACGUGCGUAGCGAGGACGGCACGAAUGUAUUACUUUGUGCGUUUGUGGCUCCGAACGGCGACGCUCUCGACACUGCGAUCAACGAAGCCAAAGCCCAGUGGGAAUUGACAGGUAGCUGCCCCUCCACAGUCCUGAAGGGCUCGGGAUCGUAUGUGGAGGCUGUUUUACAGAAGGGAGCGGAUCCCGAUGUGCCUGACGGAAGGGGCAAGUUUCCGCUUCACUGGUGCGUCGAGGGCUGUGCUAUUGAUUAUGAGGUCGACGGGCUGUUUCCUUGUAGUUUUACGCUGGACGAAGCCGUUUCCGUGGAGAUGCUCUCGACGUUGUUGGCGCAUGGGGCGUCUCCGGAUGUUGCUGACUUAUCAGGUUGCACGGCCUUGCAUUCUGCUUGUAGACGUUCGAAUGGCGAGGCGGCCCGGCUACUCUUGCAAAAUGGAGCGCAGAUGAACUUGAGUGAUGGCGUGGGGCGGUUGCCCGUUCAUUUGGCCUGUGCUGCGGCGACGGAUUACGAGCUUGUUGCUGAACUGCUAGAGAGUGGUCAGAAGAAGCCGCGCGGCACGGCGACGCACGAUGGGUCAAGGGCGGGCCUGUCGAAGAGCGCCAAGACGCGGCGCAAUGUCAUUGCUGCCAUGGACCGGGCUCUGCAAGCGGCACUCGCUCCUGACGUCGUGGUCGACGUCCUGCCCUCGCCUGCCGAACUCGCAUCGGCGAGCGACUCUAACGGAUAUACGAUGCUCCACUACGCAUCACAAGCUCCCAUUGUUCAAGAGGAGGACGUGUGGUCCACGACAGAGCCGGUCUCCGCAGAAGAGAGAGGCGCGUUCCUCGCACAGUUGGCAGCGAGAGACGACGUAGUAGACCUGCACGCGGCCGACUCAUCAGGACGCGACGCGGUCUGCCUCGCCAUCGAGCAGCUCGGAGAUCACUCAUUGCAAUUUGUGGAGACCGCGGUAAGCAAGGGCUACGACGUCGAACGGGAGCUCGAGUUGCCCGACGAAGAUUUGGACCUCCCGUAUCGACCGGCUUGGGAGACUCCAUCUGACCCGCCGCCGGGCUUCGCUGGCGACGCCGACGCGGAUCUUUUUGACGACUUGGACGAGCCCGAGGACGUUUCUCCAGAACCAUCAGAAGACGAACCAGGUGAGGCGACGCUCGACGCGCUGGAGACCUACCUGAAGGCGAUCUUCGACCGCGUCGACAGCGAUCAGAGCGGCGCCAUCUCGGCGCAGGAGGCGCUGGCAGCCUUAAGGGACGACGACGACUUCGCCGAGGUCCUCGGCGUCGACGGCCGCAGCAAGGACGACGUCCUCGCUGCUAUCACGGACAUCGACGCCGACGGGGACGCGCGCGUGUCGUGGGCGGAGUUCCGGGCGGCGGCGCUGGGCGAGGAGCCGGAACCGUCAGAGGAGGCCCCUCCGGACAUCGAGGCGUACCUGCGCGCGAUCUUCGACCGCGCCGAUGCGGACGGCUCGGGCGAGAUCUCGACGAGGGAGGCCAUCGAAGCGGUCCAGACUGAUGAGGAGUUCGCGGAGAUGAUGGGAUUUGACGGCGUUACGAAGAUCCAAAGUCCCGACGACAGGUCGGACCUCGAGUUCGCCAUCGCGAUGCUCGACGCUGAUGGGAAUGAGAAGGUCUCGUGGGGCGAGUUCCGGGAGGCCUUCCUCGGGCCGUUGACGGAGGAGCCCGAGGACCCGUUCGAAGAAUACCUGAACGACUACGAAGCGUAUCUAGCUGUGUGGAAAUCAACCAGUGUGCCGGGUGCACUAAGUCAUUUCUCGGCGAUGGCGUGGCCGCGCUGGCUCCGUCGAGCGGCGAGGAACCGGCGACGCCACGCCAUCGAGCAGGCGUCGCGUCGAUGGCGUGGAGGACGACGCGAUGAUUCAGCACGAACGCGCCGUAAAAUUUUGAUUUCCACACAGGUAUCUAGAAACAGUAUUUGACAGGGUCGACAAGAACAAGGACGGCACUUUGAGUUAUGCUGAAUUGGUCAGUGGCUUAAAGGACCCGGACUUCGCCGAGGAGGCGGGCUUCUACGGCUCCGGGAUGAGCCGAGGCGAGUUCGCGGCGGAGUUCUGUGAUGCAUUAGAUUGGGACGGAGAUCGGACCGUGGACUGGUUUGAAUUUAGGGAUGAGGCCAUGGGCAAGGCUUUGGAUCAGAUGCACGAAUUGCGGAUGGAGCAGGCGCUGCGCGAGGUGUUCGACAGAGUUGACGAGUCGGGGGAUGGUGCUAUUACUAUCGUGGAAGCAGUCAAAGCUCUAAGGGAGGAUGAGGACUUCGCCGAUGUCCUCGGGUUCUGGUCCACCCACAAAGCGAACCGGAAGGACGGCUCGAUGGAGUAUGUGGCGGAGCAGAUCCAAGCGAUGGACGUCAAUAAUGAUGGCGUCAUCUCGUGGGAGGAGUUCCGAGGCUGCGUCUUCGGCAUGGAACCUGUACUGGAAGUGGUGGAGGAGGAGCGGGCCGUGGGGAAUUGGUUGACUGUUGCUGAGGAUGUUGCAACGACGAAGGCUCGACGUUGUUCGCCUUUACAUAUGGCGGCCUGUACUGGUGCACAAAGAGUGAUGUCGUACUUAAUUGACCAAGGGGCCCCGGCCUACGGCGGGCGGCCGAACCCGAUUGCCCUUGCGGCUCUCAAAGGUUGUGCGCCCGAAGCCUGUGAGCUGUUGGAAUCCGCGUUGCCAGGCGGCGGCCGCGCACCUGAUCCUGAUUUAGGAGGGGAGGCUCCCGCGCAAGCCGCGGCGGCGCGCGGGUUUGCUGCUACCGCAUUAGCUUUAGGUGCCAAAGGGUUAACUGACCCGCAGGGCCGGACUUGUGCUCUCAUCGCGGCAAGGCGGGGCGAGGCGGGCUGCGUCGCCGUGCUACUGGAAAAUGGCUGCGACGCCGAUGGCAGUGCGACGCCGUCGUUAUUGGAGGGCGCCAUCGAUUCAAUAGAUGCGGACGUCGUGAAAGUCGCCGUCCAGCACGUUUCCGUGACGACGCAUGACGUGCUCCGGGCGGAAACAAUUCACGCCUUCUGGGCCGAGCGUUUGAUGUCUCUCGAGCGGGAUCAGAGGGACGGCUCGACGCCGCAGAUCGCGUCGGAUCUGUCCGCGGCAGCUUACAGAUUAGUGGCCGCCGCGUGCACGACGCCGAUCGGCGAGGACGCGCACGUUUACCACUGCUUCGCCGAGGGGCGGGUCCUCGCCGAGGAGCUCCUCGCCAAGGAGAAGGCUCGUUUAAGAGCCGAGGAGCGCAACCGCGCGGCGACGUCGAUCCAAAAACAAGCUAGGGGUCGCAAUCGUAGAAGAGCGAUGCGCGACGCGGCCGCGGGCAAGUCCAAGAAGGACAAGAAGUCCAAAAAGAAGAGGAAGGGGAAGAAGUAAGGAUUCCCGUAGUAUCCUAGCUCUUCCUGAGGCUCCCCCCGACGGGCC